ACACACUCACAGCUGAUUAAGGGUUAAAGACUGUGGGACAGUGAAAUCUGAUACAGUUCCUAAUGACUGACUUCGCUUGUGGCUCAGACACGCGGAGUUCUACCUGUUUUUCUAAAGCUUGAUUUCCACUGGUCGGUUUCAUGUCGUCACUGAUAUGUGGACGGUGCAGCUGAGAGGUGUCACGGGAGGAAAAAACAAACGCCAGUCGUGCGUCGUCCCGUCCGCUGCCCAGGACGCUGCGUCAUGGCGACAGAGGCGAAGACUUGAGUCGUUUCCUAACCGGAAUUAGUGUGGACUGAGUGGAGCUGACAGCAGAUACACGUUAUGGUGGAUGACAGUGUCUCAUAUGAACCAGCAGAGGCCCUAGUCUCUAACAGAGGUGGCCCCGUAUAAAAUGGAGGAGCUGGCUCUGAUGACACUGCUGGAGUGCCCUCUGUGUUUGGAGCAGCUGGAUGUGUCAGCCAAGGUCCUGCCCUGCCAGCACACGUUCUGUGCCUCCUGCCUGCAGAGGUACGAGGUGGCCCACUCCCAGCUGCUCUGCCCAGAGUGCUGUGCCCCUGCCCCGGCCAGGACGGUGGACGAGCUCCCUGCGAACCUCCUGCUCGUGAGGCUCCUGGAGGGGCUCCAGGGUUCCACGGGGCCCACGAGCAGACAGACUGGCCGCUACGCAGUGCCUGUAUUCAGGGGCAGCUCGGCAGUGAGGGAGGGUCAGCAGCAGCAGGAAGGUCAACACAGAGAGAUGCAAGGCCACAGUGAGCUUGCUGUCAGAUCUUCCACAAGAAACCAACGUGACGAUGGAGCAGGAAAGCCGGCCCUCGCGCCUGGCAACGGUAUCACCCAGAAACACAAAGCGGAUGAAAAGUGGCACCAAGGGAACGCUGGAGACGGCAGCGGUUGGUCUGUGACUGCCAGUGCACAGCAGGCCGUCCCCCAGGUGCCUCAGCUGCAGCCCCUCCAGCAGCACCCCCAGCCGCUCUUUCUCUGCAGGGCGCUGUACAACUUUAAUCCAGAAGAAAUGAAUCUGGAGGACAGUAAAUAUUGUCUCAGCUUCCUCAAGGGCGACAUCCUUACCGUCAUCAGGCGGCUGGAUGAGCACUGGAUUGAAGCCAAGCUCGGGGACAAAGUUGGAAUUUGCCCUCAGCAGUUUACAGAGCCAAUCUUUGUGGCUGGCAAACAGCUAGAGGGAAAGAGUCGGCGGGCGAGUGACUCAGCAGAUUCUCACUAUCGUUCUGGUAAAGGGGGCAAGGCCACGGACGCAGCCAACAGGACCGGCCAUUACGGAGUCGCUCAAGUUCCAGCUAAGACGCCCAUCAUCAAUGGUUUGCCCUUCUCCAGCCACCGGAAACAGCCCGCGGCUGGCAGAAGCCACUUAUACGUGACGACCAAAGGAGAGACCACCAACAUCAGCACCAUCAACGGCUUCAACCGCCAGGGUCAGCCACUCCAGCUCUCUGUGCCCUCUGCUGCCCGGGGCCACUCUCACCCCUCCAGAGUGAACUCUCAUCGAAUUAGACGCCACUCUGACCCCACGCACAGACACCUGUCACACAGUAAGAAGAUGAGCAAUGAGACUCCACCCACCAUCUCUAUGGCUCUGCUAAACCCGCAGAUGUCCUCGGCCUCUGCAGAAAGUAAAAACUCCUCCACGCAGCAGCUUUCCAUCAGUGUGUGUGCUGUCCUUUACUCCUACAAACCACGACGGCCAGAGGAGCUGGAGCUGAGGAAAGGAGAGAUGGUGGGGGUGUACGGAAAGUUCAAAGAGGGCUGGCUGCGAGGGUUAUCACUCAGGACGGGCAAAGUGGGUAUUUUGCCGAGCAACUACAUCUCGCCUGUGCUUAGAACGUCAGCCAGACUCCUGGAGACCAAAGCAGCUACUGCGUCCUCACAGUACAACACUGUAGGUGGUAGGAAACCGACUGCUGCCAAGAAUCCUGCUGUGGUCCUUGCUCUUGAUAGGGUGAACACUGAUGGAGCAACAGGACAGGUUCCAUCUGUGCCAAAUGGAGCACAGCAUGCAACGUCAUCCACAGGCACUGGAAAACCGUCCUUCUAUGGUCGCUCCCAAGGUUGGGACGCUGUAAGGCGAAUCUUUAACCCUCAUAGAGGAUCAAACCACUUCUCCCAAAUGUCCACUUUGAAUGUCCUGUCCAACUCACAGCACUUUGCACAAGUUCAAGCGUCUGGCUACUCACCUGCCAUGCAGAGGAAGAAAAACAGCAGCAUCCUGUCCAGCUCUGUAAGACCCAUGGGCUGGAUGACUGAGCCGGCAGCGUCCUCUGCUGGUGCAGUCCUGAAGGACAGGGACUUCAUGACUUCACAUGAAGCAACAGCUCAGCAUGAUAGACAGCCCACCAGUGGGCCUCACUCAAUUUUAGUCAGACAUGACUCCCACAAGAACAAUAUAGAGAAGCCUGCAAAGUCAGUGCGCUUCAUCACAGAUGAAGAUGCCCCUGCUCCGAGGCUUCGAACCUCCUCCUGGUCCUCAGGAAGCCAGGUCCCCACCAACUCCCGGUCGGGCCCCCCUCCAUUAGAAGUUUGGGCCCCAUCGCUCACCCUUGGAAGAGACGGACCAGGGAUCAUCCUCAAGGAAGGAAAAGCUCCUGUUCUCCGGAAGGGCCUUGAAACAGCCAUGUCAGACCUGAAUUCUAAUCCACAAAAACCCACAUCACAGUCGGCUCAGUUUAGCCCCAGCAGACACAGAGUAACCACAACGCAUUUGGCCCAGACAGAGUCUGAAGUCAGUCUGUUUCAAGGAGAGCUCGUCCUUGUCCACAGAGCUCGACCAGAUGGACGGAUUCUGGUUACUCAGGAGAGCAAUGGGCAGACGGGACUAUUCCACAGCAGUGUUCUUCAAGCCCUGGAGAGGCUCAGCUGACUGUGUAGUACGACUGUUGUAGGAAAUAUUUCUAUAUUCCAUGUGUUCAAGCUGCCAAAUAACUUGAGUGACCUGCUGAACAAAGAGAUUCGAGCUGAGGUUAAAAGGUUAAGGCUGCUAAAUGACAAUCCCAUGAAGGAGUCGUUUGUUUUAAGUACAUAUGAGAGUGUAUGGUUAAAUUCUCCAGAGGUAUAUUUUGUGUCCUUCAGCGUGUGUGCAUGUUUGUGACACAUGUACUAUAGUUUUGCACAAAAACCCAUCUAAUGACUGUUCCUUGUUUGAUACCCAUGUUACAUGCAUUGGUGAGUGCCUUUGUCUAAACCCACACAGUAGACAAUCUAUAUUUAAAAAUAUUUAGAGAUAUGAUGUAAAAUAUCUGUAAUGCUUAUGUUAGAAUAAACUCC